AUGAUGAUGGUGCAGAUCUAUGAGGAUGAUAUCAUCUUUGGAGGAACUUCAGAGAAGCUGGUGCAAAACUUCGUGAAGAGUAUGACAAAGGAGUUUAAGAUGAGCAUGGUGGGAGAAUUGAAGUACUUUCUUGGACUUCAAGUAAAUCAGACUGAGGAAGGUAUCUUUAUCUCUCAAAGUACUUAUGCUAAGAAUCUGCUGGUGAAGUUUGGUCUUGAAAAGUGCAAGGAGGCAAGAACACCAAUGAGCACAACCACUAAGAUUGGAAAGGAUGAACAUGGAGAAGAUGUUGAUGUGAAGCUAUACAGAGGAAUGAUUGGAAGCUUGCUUUACCUUACAGCAAGUCGGCCUGACUUAUGCUUCAGCGUCGGAUGUGCAGAUGAUCGGAAAAGUACAAGUGGAGGUUGUUUCUUCCUUGGGAACAAUCUAAUUGCUUGGCUUAGUAAGAAGCAGAAUUCUGUGUCACUAUCUACUGCAGAGGCUGAGUACAUUGCAUUGGGAAGCUGCUGCACACAGCUUAUAUGGAUGAGACAGAUGUCAGCCGAUUAUGGGAUGGAGUCUGGACCCUUCUUGGUCUACUGUGACAACAAAAGCGCCAUUGACAUAUCAAAGAAUCCGGUGCAGCACUCAAGGACUAAGCACAUUGACAUAAGACACCACUUUGUUCGUGAAUUGGUGGAAGAAAAACAGGGGCUGAUACAGGCACUGGCUCGGGGUGUAUAUAACAAGUUCAGAUUUUGUUUGGAGUCAAAGGGUGCCAAUGAGGAUCAGCUACUUUGUCAUGCCGUCAUGUCACCUCAACAUAAGAAAAGUGAAAACCGUCAGAUCUACAAGCCAGCAAUCUCCAAGCACUGCCGUCGCCUGACGAAGCGACUGAAGUAG